AUGAUCACGGAGCUGGUGUGCACCGCCGUGGCAGUGGGUCUCUAUCUGAACACGCUGGACGCAGAUUUCUGCUACGAUGACAGCCGAGCCAUUAAGACCAACCAGGACCUUCUCCCCGAGACUCCGUGGAGCAACAUCCUGUUUGACGACUUCUGGGGCACCCUGCUCACUCACAGCGGCAGCCACAAGUCCUACCGUCCCCUCUGCACCCUCUCCUUCCGCCUCAACUACACCCUGCAUGGCCAGCGGCCCUGGGGCUACCACCUGCUGAACGUGGUGCUGCACGGGCUGGUCAGCGCCCUCUUCACGGCCUUCAGUCGCCCGCUUCUCGGCGGCGGACCGUGGAGCCUGCUGGCCGGCCUACUCUUUGCCUCCCAUCCGGUUCACACUGAAGCGGUCGCCGGCGUGGUCGGCAGGGCGGACGUCGGCGCCGCGCUGUUCUUUUUGCUGUCGCUCCUCUGCUACGCGAGACACUGUGGACUCCGCGGGGACCCGCGUGGGACUCUUCCGACAGAGCCAUGUGGCGGCAGCUCAGUCGGCCGGUGCUGGGCCUGGAUGCUGGGCAGCCUGUGGUGUGCAGCAGCCAGUAUGCUGUGGAAGGAGCAAGGGGUGACGGUGCUGGCCGUGUCGGUCGUGUACGACCUCUUCGUGUUUCAGAGACUCCGGUUGCGCCAGGCGCUUCUCCUCCUGCUGGGAAAGAAAAAGAACAUCAGUGUUUUGCUGAGUCUUGGUGUGCUGGCUUCCUGGGGAGUGAUCCUGCUGUCUGCUCGCCUCUACUGGAUGGGAAAUAAGCCUCCCAACUUCUCCAACUCUGACAACCCUGCGGCUGACUCCCCACAUUUUCUCACUCGAACACUAACGUUCCUCCACCUGCCGGUUGCCAACGCAUGGCUGCUGCUGUGCCCCGACAAGCUCAGUUUUGAUUGGUCCAUGGAUGCUGUGCCCUUGGUCAGGUCAUUGGCCGACUGGAGGAACCUUCACACUGUUGCCUUUUAUGGUGGAUUUGUCCUCCUGAGUUUGUUUGGCCUCCGUGGCCGCACCUCCAUAUCCAAGGAGACCAAUGGGAAAGCCUAUGUCACCAAUGGGAAAUCAAUCACCAAUGGGAAUGGUUACCAUGCCCCUGACACAAACCAUAACACAGACCCGGGGCCAGCGAAGACCACCCUAAACGGGUCAGCUGGACUCCACCACUGCCCUCCACGGACGUCCCUGCCCCCUACAGAAAACCUAGUACUAUUUUCAUUAGGGAUUGUCUCAUUGCCUUUCAUCCCAGCCACAAACCUGUUCUUUUAUGUAGGUUUUGUUAUUGCAGAGAGGGUACUAUACAUCCCCAGUAUAGGCUUUUGUUUACUGGUUGCUGCUGGUGCAAGAAACCUGUACGUUAGACUGAGGACACGAGGCUGCAAGGCCUUAAUGUUGAUUCUCUGUGCGGGACUAGUGCUGCUGAAUGGACUCCGAACUGUUCAAAGAAACAGGGACUGGAGCAACGAGGAGAAUCUCUACAAGUCUGGGAUUAGUGUGAAUCCUGCUAAAGCCUGGGGAAACUUGGGGAAUGUACUAAAGAACCAGGGUGAGAUGGCGGAGGCAGAGAAGGCAUACAGAAACGCUCUGCACCACCGAAGGAACAUGGCCGACAUGCUGUAUAACCUUGGCUUGCUGCUGCAGGAGAAUGAGCGUUUCUCUGAAGCACUGCAUUAUUACAAACUGGCCAUUGGGAGUCGGCCAACACUGGCAUCGGCCUACUUGAACACAGGAAUCAUCCUGAUGAACCAGGGCAACCUGCAGGAGGCCAAGCGCACCUUUCUGACUUGUGCCGACAUUCCAGAUGAGAACUUGAAGGACCCCCACGCCCACAAGAGCUCCGUCACCAGCUGCCUGUACAACCUGGGAAAACUGCUCCAUGAACAGGGCCAGCAGGAGGAGGCGCUGUCUGUUUAUAAGGAAGCGGUACAGAAAAUGCCCCGACAGUUUGCACCGCACAGCCUUUUCAACAUGAUGGGAGAGGCCUACAUGAGGCUGAACAAGCUGGACCAAGCAGGUCAUUGGUACAGAGAGUCCCUCAGGGCCAAGCCUGACCACAUCCCAGCCCACCUUACUUAUGGCAAACUCCUGUCCAGCAUUGGACAGAAGACAGAAGCAGAGAAGUAUUACCUGAGAGCGAUUCAAAUAGACCCGACUAAAGGAAACUGCUACAUGCACUAUGGCCAGUUCCUGCUGGAGCAGGCUCGUCUUGGCGAGGCGGCGGAGAUGGCCGAGAGAGCUGCAGAGCUGGACAGCUCAGAGUUCGAUGUGGUCUUCAGUGCUGCUCACAUGCUCAGACAGGCCAGUCUUAAUGAGGCAGCAGAGAGGCAGUAUGAGCGUGCAGCCAGCCUGAGAUCAGAAUACCCGGCUGCCCUGAUGAACCUUGGUGCCAUCCUCCACCUGAAUGGGAAACUUCCCGAAGCGGAGGCCAACUACCUGCGUGCGCUCCAGCUCAAACCCGAUGAUGUCAUCACCCAGUCCAAUCUGCGGAAGCUGUGGAACAUCAUGGAGAGGCAGGGACUCCGGAUCAAGCGUGGGCUCGGGAUGCAGAACGGCGACCUUUGA